UCGCUGGUAUACAUUCGGCAUGCUGUUGCACUUUCGGAAUCGAUUUAUUUAAAUAUCUAUCGAGUAAUUUUCAUAAUAACCAUAUCUAUAUGGUGUUUACAAUUGUUUUUUCAAAAAUAUUUGUUUACAAUUCGGUCUAAGUUUACUAUUUUGAAUAAAUAGGUGUAAAGUUUAUAUACAAAUUUUGAAUCGUAAUUUAAAUAAGGAAACAUGGAGAUUGAGAGAGAUAAUGCUAAAAUUCAAUGCACUGAUUUCAAAAAAUGCGGAGAAAUAGCCACAUUGCUGUCGAUUGGAAAACCUGAGUUUUUUCUGAAUUGCGGUUUUUGUGAAUAUACUUUUCUUCAAUUAGAUAAUUUUAUCCGACAUAUGUAUGAAGACCAUCAAAACGAAUUCCCAGAUUGUGAACUGAAACAGGAAUUAGCAGAAAUGGUUGAGGAAAAAUAUAGCUCGGAUACCGAAGAAAUUGAAGAUCAUAAUAGUGUCAACGAUUUCAUGUUAAAAGGAUUUGAGAAAGUAGAAAUUGAAGUGGACACAUCGGAAGAGCACAUUUCAAUCGAUAUUGGAGAGAACUUUAAAAAGGAAUAUUGGGAUGAAGAGGAUGAAGAGGAUCUACUUGAAAAUACUUUACCAGCAAGCGCACAAGAGGAGUGUCUAAAAGAAGAUAAGAAAAAAAUUACGGAAACCCAAAAAUAUAAAAACGAACUAUUAGACGAUGAGUUGUAUAGUGAGGACACCCUUGAUGACUUUACGAUUACUGAGAGAAUUACCAAAGUAGAAAUCGAAUCGACAAGUAUUCGCAGGCGAAAUGAAAAGAGAAAGAAAAAUACCUCAAAAGAUGGUAGAAUGAGUGAAGAAACUGCUACUGACUCCGACAUUCCAGAAGAAAAUGAAAAUUUGUCUUACAUUGAAGAAAAUAGACAUAUUCCUAAAAAGAGGCUUAAGUUAGAAGAAAAAGAGCUGGCUAAUAAUUCUGAUGAAUUUGAUGAUUCUAACGUGGGGAAAAUAUCAGAAGAAAAUGAAGUUUCAGAUUCUGGACAUAGCGAAAAUAAAAAGAAAGGAAGUCUAUAUGAAGCUCAAACGAAAACAAUACUGAAGCCUACAAAAGUAGCAAUACCAAAUAUCAUUUUAAAUGAUAAGCAAUGCAAAGCUUUAGCUGAUAUUUACAAGACUCAUGCUUGCCUUUGGGAUGAAAAGGACAUCACAUAUCGGUUUUGCAAUAGGCGUGAAGAAGCGCUAAAAUCUAUACUUGAGAAAUGCAAUGAAACAUUUGGUUUAAGCUUGACACAAAAUGAAUUGGAACGUGAAAUUGUAAGAAUGCGCAAAAUAACUUCGAUAGAAAAGAGACAAAAAAUUCUUUCGAAAAGAAAAAACAUUAAAUUCAAACCGCUAUUCUGUACAUAUUAUAAGCACAUUGAAUAUCUUGAGGUGGAUGUGUCACCUUUCGAAUGUACAAUAUGUGAAACAUUGUUACCUGGUUUGGGUAAGCUUAAAGUGCAUGUAGCAUCUCAUGAUGGUUCGCUGCCAUUUAAAUGCCAUCUCUGCGGGCAUGGCUUUCAGCUGGCAAGUAAUCUCACAAUACAUUUGCGUAGGCACGUACAAGACUACAUAUACGUUUGUGAAAUUUGCAACAAGUCUUACGCCACAACCACAGAUUUAAAAAUACAUAUGCGAACACACACAGGCGAAAGGCCAUAUGUCUGCUCAAUUUGUGGCCAAAGUCGUACAACUGCAUCUCACCUAUUUUUACACACUUUGCGACACCAGAAUCGACGACGCCACCAGUGCAAGAUCUGUUCAAAGGCUUUUAUCUCAAAGGGAACUUUAAAAGAUCACAUGUUGGUGCAUUCACAAGUCCGUGAUAAUAUUUGCGAUAUAUGCCAAAAAGGAUUUAAAACGAAAAAACAUCUUUAUCAACAUAAAUUAAUUCAUUCUGCAGAAAAGAAAUAUGAGUGUAAAUUUUGCGGCAAACGCUUUGCCCAAUCGGCUGGUCUUAAAGGGCAUAUGAAAACGCAUGGUACAAAGCUCUCAGCGACGUAACGUGGCAUUCUAUCCUAUCGUUUGAAAUACAAAUAUGUUUACAGCUUAACAUAGUACGUUUAUAAAUUAUUAUUUCCAAAAUAAUAGUAAAAAUAUCGAAAUCAUAAGAAAGGCAUUUCAAUUUAUGUAAACUCUUCUAGUGUUGUUUGAUAUAUAUGUUUUGCUUGAGUGGUGUGCAAAUUGACAAUAUGAAUUUGUUAUUUUAAUAAAUGAAAUUUAGUUCUAAUAAAAUAAACUUUACUCAUUCACUUAAACUUAAGCUUUAUAUAAUAUAAUAUUCUAUUUAAAAUAAUAGAAUAACCAUUGAAUUUAUAAAAAAAAAUACUAAUUACACAAAUGCUAUUUAUAACAAAAUAUUAUUUAGCUCAGUAGUAUUUUUAUAUCUACGUAUUGGUUGUAUCGUAUUUUAGUUGAAGUAAGAUAUAUCCAUAUACAAUUACAUUUAGUGACUCAGGAAGAUGUGUCAACAAUAUUUAUUGGAAUUUGAGAGUGCUAUAAAAAUUAGAGAAAUUUCUCUCGAGUGUUGUUGAUUAUAAACGAUUGUUAUGAUAAAACAUUAAUAAAUUAACAAAGUAAAGGAAUAA